UUAAUGGGUUUGGCUGUUUUUAUGGGUGUUUUGCAUGGACUGAUGAUGACUCCAGUGGUCUAUAUAAUGGACACGGAUCCGCACGCGUCGAAAAAUGUUCUUGACUUCAUGUUCGCACAUUUCUCAACAAUAUUCGCAUUCUCGACACUUUAUUUCAUCUUGUAUUCGAUUUAUAAACGGAAUCGCCCGUAUGCAGCCCCCGAAUUGGUUUUGCCGUCAGUGGCCUACGGCAUUCUGUGGAGCAUUGGUAUGGUGCUGUUUUUUGUAUCGAAUGAUAAACUCUCGCAGGUGGUCAGCUUUCCGAUAACGACACGGUUACCAUCUACAAUUGGAAUUCUGGCCGAUGUGUUCUUAUUCCGCAGCAUAAAAGGUCGUCGAAAUUUGGCUUUAAUGAGUGCUGGAGUUGUGGUCGCUUUGACUGGUGUGGUUCUAAUCGCGAUCUCAAAUCAGGAUCUGUGA